GCUGGUGAGUGAGGCGGCCGGGGUCCGAACCGAGGCUUCCCCUGCCGGCCGGAAGGCGCGGGGACGGGCGGGUGUCCCCGCGGGCCGACGAGCUCGAGCAGGGGCGCAGGGCGGGUCCUGUGAGGAAGAAGCCGUCAGGCUGGCGUUCUGAGGCGGGCACUCUGAUGAGCCGAUGGGCCUAGAAGGAUGGUGGAAGAGCACAUUUCCCUCCAGUUUGAAAACGUCAGGUCUUAGAGCUGAAGUAUGGCCGCCCUGCCUGACUCAUCUGGAAGUGGCCUUGCACGCUGUUGUGUAGGCGGGACGGUGGACGUGUGACUUUGCCGAGUGUAAAGGCCCCCUUCUGUCUCCAGGACACCAUGAACGCCAUCAUCGCUCUCUGUCACUUCUGUGAGCUCCACGGCCCCCGCACUCUCUUUUGCACCGAAGUUCUGCACGCCCCACUUCCUCAGGGGGCUGGGAAUGGGGACAGCCCUGGGCAGGGCGAACAGGCCGAGGAGGAGGAAGGUGGCAUUCAGAUGAGUAGUCGGAUCCGCGCUCACAGCCCGGCGGAAGGGGCCAGUGCGGAGUCCAGCAGCCCGGGGCCCAAAAAGUCAGAUAUGUGCGAGGGCUGCCGGUCACUUGCUGCAGGCCAUCCUGGGUAUAUCAGCCAUGAUAAAGAGACCUCGAUUAAAUAUGUCAGUCACCAGCACCCCAACCACCCCCAGCUCUUCAGCAUUGUUCGCCAGGCCUGUGUGCGGAGCUUGAGCUGUGAGGUCUGCCCUGGCCGUGAAGGCCCCAUCUUCUUUGGAGAUGAGCAGCAUGGUUUCGUGUUCAGCCACACUUUCUUCAUCAAAGACAGCUUGGCCCGGGGCUUCCAGCGCUGGUACAGCAUCAUCGCCAUCAUGAUGGACCGGAUUUACCUCAUCAACUCCUGGCCCUUCCUGCUUGGAAAGAUCCGAGGGAUCAUUGAUGAACUUCAGGGCAAAGCACUCAAGGUAUUUGAAGCAGAGCAGUUCGGAUGCCCACAGCGUGCCCAGAGGAUGAACACGGCCUUUACGCCAUUCCUGCACCAAAGGAAUGGUAAUGCUGCUCGUUCGCUGACCUCCUUGACAAGCGAUGACAACUUGUGGGCGUGCCUGCACACCUCCUUUGCUUGGCUCCUGAAAGCGUGCGGCAGCCGGCUGACUGAGAAGCUCCUGGAGGGCGCCCCCACAGAGGACACCUUGGUCCAGAUGGAGAAGCUUGCGGACUUAGAAGAGGAAUCAGAAAGCUGGGACAACUCUGAGGCUGAAGAGGAGGAGAAAGCCCCUGUCAUGCCAGACGGUGCAGAAGGGCGGGAGCUGACCAAAUGCCCAGCAGAGUCUUCCUUGCUCUCAGACUGUGGAAACUGGCAGCCCCGAAAGCUGUCUGUCUUUAAGUCCCUUCGGCACAUGAGGCAGGUCCUGGGUGCCCCGUCUUUUCGCAUGUUGGCCUGGCAUGUUCUCAUGGGGAAUCAAGUGAUCUGGAAAAGCAGAGACGCAGACCUUGUCCAGUCAGCUUUUGAAGUUCUUCGGACUAUGCUGCCGGUGGGCUGCGUCCGCAUCAUCCCUUACAGCGACCAGUAUGAGGAGGCCUACCGGUGCAACUUCCUGGGGCUCAGCCCCCACGUGCAGAUCCCCUCCCACGUGCUGUCCUCAGAAUUUGCUGUGGUCGUGGAGGCCCACACAGCCCCUCGCUCCAGCCUCCACCCGGUCGGGUGCGAGGAUGACCAGUCCCUCAGCAAGUAUGAGUUCGUGGUGACCAGUGGAAGUCCCGUAGCCGCGGACCGAGUUGGCCCCACCAUCCUGAACAAGAUGGAAGCUGCUUUGAGCAACCAGAAUCUGUCUGUGGGUGUGGUGGACCAGUGCCUCGUCUGCCUCAAGGAGGAGUGGAUGAACAAAGUGAAGGUCCUCUUUAAAUUCACCAAGGUGGACAGUCGGCCCAAAGAGGACACGCAGAAGCUCCUCAGUAUCCUUGGGGCAUCCGAGGAGGACAAUGUCAAGCUGCUCAAGUUCUGGAUGACGGGUCUGAGCAAAACCUACAAAUCGCACCUCAUGUCCACCGUCCGUAGCCCCACGGCCUCAGAGCCUCGUAAUUGACCCCGCCAUGGGAAUCUGAGCCCACGUUCACCUGAAAAGCGGCGAUUGCCAUCUUCGCCACUGAGCUCAGAGACGGGUCUCGGAGGGCAGUCACAGACCACUCCUGUUUCCUGGUAAGGAAUGGAAACUGUUGGGGCUGAACUUUGCCCUCUCUGUGGGAUUUGGGUCUGGUGUAGUUUUCAGUACCAUGCCACAAGCCAGGUGGAUUGCUCCAGCUCUGAAGGGGGCACAGAGACACUUGGGACACUAGGUCCCCUGUGUGUGUGCACCUCUGUGAGAGAUGACCAAAGACAAUGUGCAUCUCCUGUCUCUCAAGGAUUUCGAUCUCAGAAUUUAUAGGGAAAACACGUGAGGCCAGUCCCAACUUGGGUAUUUUGGCCACAGUAAAAAACCUCUCUUAAGGUUAAUGUUUGAACCUUUCUGUUCUGAAACCCAAGACUUUUCCAGGUUUUAUAUGUCUUUGUGUAUGUUUUGCUACAGUUGUGACUUUUCAGGGUCUGUGCCGAUCCUCAGUCAUUGUUAGUGAUCUGGUUUUGGGCUCUAGAAAUGGCUUUUGGGGUGGAAUGGAUGUUUUCCUCAUCUUUGGGCCCUUUGGGGUUCAUGUUCUGGAAUCAUGUAACUUCCAAGGCUUCUGGCCAUGCUCUUGGGUGGUUGCUUUGGCAUUUCCCUAUAGCUUGAGGACAGGCCCUGAUCUUUUGUUUUUACACAAAGAUGAUACUUUGCUGAAAUGUCGGAUGGAGCCAUUUGUCUUGCCUGACUCACUGGAUGUGGAGUUGAGGAACCCACCACAGUUCUCUCCCAUAUCACUUUGCCCUUUAUUGAUUGCUUCUUUAAACAUUUACAUUUGGCAGCAGGUAACAAUUUUCAGAAUAUGGUGAUUUAAGAACAUUUUCUCAUGCCAGUGUGCACCUUUAAUAAGGAUUCAUGGCUUGGAGGGAUUUUUCCAGCAGUUUUGCUGAUUUGUUUAUAGUUCUUUGCUUAAUUUAUAUUUAACAUGGAGACUAAGUUUAUAUGACUAGGUAUCUAUCGUGCAAGAACAUUGAAACACAAUAAAGAUGUAUUUUUUUAAA